AUGUUUUCACGCAACAAGGACCUCUCCCACAUGUCCUCCUUCUCCAACAUCCGCUCGCGCUUCAAAAACAGCAUGUCGUCCUCGGCCAAGAUCCGCAGUUCCGAGGGCUGCUGGACCUGCCGCCUGCGCCGCAAGAAGUGCGACGAGGCUCGGCCCGUCUGCGAGGGGUGCGCCCAGCUCGAGAUCAACUGCUUCUACAGCGAGACGAAGCCCGACUGGAUGGACGGCGGCGAGCGACAAAAGGAGAUGGCCGACCAGCUCAAGAAGCAGGUCAAGAUCCAGGCCAACAACCGCCGCGAGCGAAAGUACCUGCAGGGCCUCGACGUUGAGGGAGGCGGAGUUAGCGGCGGAGGAGGAGGAGGCGGGCGCGGAUCCGAGGAUGGCAUUCCUCCCGUCCCGGCGCUGAGUGCCGACGACGGCUCAUCAAAGGCCAACGACUCCAACAGUCCGUCCACCGUGAACGACACCCCCGGCGACUCAUCCUCUAGCCCGCCCUUCCAGAUGAACUCGGUGAAGUCGUCGAUCCAUGAAAUCGUCCCCGGCGCAUCACCAAAUCAGAUGCGCCAGCACACCCCGGAAUGGAACAACCACUCCAGCCCAGUAUCCGCAGCACAUCACCAGCAACAACAACAAUAUCAACAACAGCAACACCAAAAACCCCAGCCCGACUUCGCCGCCGGCACCGGCAUGGGCUCUUCGUCUUCUGUCCAACAAAACUCAUCUCCGCCCUUCGCCGACGACUCCAACCUGAGCUUCAUCAUGAUCUACCUCGACUACGUCUUUCCCUUCCUCUUCCCCUUCUACAAGCCGGCCCUUCUCGAAGGCGGCCGCGGCUGGCUCCUCAACGUCCUCAAUCACAACAAGGCCCUCUACCACACCGCCCUCAGCCUCUCCUCCCACUUCUUCGGCGUCGUCCUCGACAGCGCCCAGGUCGAGCACGCCCCCUGCCGCAUGAAGUCCGUCGCCAGCCUCCGCCACCAGAUGCACCUCGCCCUCCGCGAGCUCCGAGCCGACAUGACCCGCAUCAACGAGCCCGGACCCAACGGCGUGCCCCGUGAUCCCCAGGACCAGCUCCAGCAGAGCUGCCGCGUCCUCGAGAGCAUCGUCCAGCUCCUCAUCUUCGACGUGACCUUGGCUACCACAGACCACUGGCACAUGCACCUCGACGCCGCAACAAUAAUCUUCCAACAAAUCCUCCCGCAACCAGACCGCUGGGACCCGACAAUGAACAGCAUGGCCAUCCCCCUCCUCCAAGGCGUCCACUUCCCGCCCGGCUCCCACAAGCCCUGGUCCUCCGACCAAGCCGCCCUCCGCUUCUUCACCGCGUCCCUCCUCUACUUCGACAUCAUCUCCGCCACCGCCCUCGAGCGCCCACCCCGCCUCCAGCGCUACCACCGCCACCUCCUCUCCCCGCGCAAAGAAGCCUCCAACGCCUGCGCCGAAGUCGAGCCCCGGCUGCGUCUCGAGGAGUACUUUGGCUGCCAAUCCUGGGUCCUCCAAAUCAUUGGCGAAAUCGCCUCCCUCGACGCCUGGAAAAAGGAAACCCGCCGCGCGGGAUCCCUCUCCAUGACGCACCUCGUCUCCCGCGCCGGAUGCCUCGAGCUCGCCCUCCGCGAGGGGAUAGCAUGCCUUGACAACGCCUGCCCGCAACUCAUGGGCUCACCCAACUGCGCCGAGGAAAUGGCCUGCCGCGCGGGCUCCUGCACCGCGAUGGACGCCGACGAUGCUGCCGCCCCGCCGCCGCACCCUACUCACGUCGACACCACCAAACUCCCGCCUGACCCGCUGACGCUCUACCAAUCCCAACAAACCCGCGACGCAACAGACGCAGCCCGCAUCCACACCAAGAUCUGGGCCUACGCGGCGCUAACCUACCUCUCGACCGUCGUCUCCGGGUGGCAGCCCUCGUGUCCGGAGACAGCAUCCAGCGUAGCCAUCACGAUCGACCUGCUCAACUCGCUCCACAGCCCCGUGUGCCUGCGCACCGUCGUCUGGCCCUUUUGCGUCAUCGGGUGCCUAGCGGAUCCCUGCCAGGAGCACAUGUUCCGCGAGAUGGUGGGCAAAAUGGGUGCGCUCGAGGUAUUUGGGUCCAUCAAAGCUGCGCUGGGCGUUAUGGAGAAUGUGUGGGCCAAGAGGGAGACCAUCGACGAGAGCUGGGAUAUCACAGCAUGCUUCAAGGUCCUCGGGCAUGCUGUGCUCUUGACUUGA